AUGGCGUCGAGGAAAAAUAGGUUAUGUGAGCAGGAGGAGGAGGAAGUAGGAGGGGUGGGAGUGGAGGCUGAGCAAGGGGAGGAGGAGGAACGAGUGGAGGAGGAGCCGUCCUUCAUCACCCCUCCGCCCGUGGCGGAGAUUAGUUCCGCGGACCUGAGCGCCGUACCCGCCGACGUGUGGGUGCGCAUCGCAAAUGCAGCGGCGGAGAGAGAAGAGUGCUACUGCUCGUGGCCGCUCGUGCCGUGCGCCAUCGCCUUGCCCUUCGCAUGGCUGACCAAGCAGCACCAAAGCCCUUCGCAGUUCAACUUCUCUCUCGUUGAAGCGCCUCCCCGCCUCGUUUCCUCCUUCAUGCGCUCCUGCCUGUUCCCUUCCAUCUCCUCCAUCACCUCUCUCGAUCUCUACUUUCCCCGAAGCCUCCCCUCCCAUCCGCGCCUCCUCUUCUCCCUCUCGCAAGCGCCGCGCCUCGAGUCGCUUUUUAUUCAGCAUUGCGAUGUGGCGGACAGCGAGAGCGCGGCUCCAAUUCACCAGUGCAAUGAUCCCGUGAUGGUGGCGGAAAUGUGGGAAAUGGUUUCAAUCAUGGAGGAGAAGAACCCGGAUGACACAGCCAGGCUGUUUCCCGUGUUGCGCCGCCUCAGUCUCUCCCUCUCCGCGUGCUCUCCUCUCGUCCUCCGCUUCGUCGCCUGCCUCUCCUCACAGCUUCACUCUCUUCAUCUCGCGGCUGACGAUCAGUUCGCGGCACAGGAGGUCGAAGAGGGCGCUGUAAGCGGCGAGAACGCGCGAGAGAGGGACGUGGACGGACGAACGUCCUUCUCACUUGACCUCCCGGCAGCCACUGACGUCAGACUCAACGGGCUCAACUGCUCUAUCUCGCUUUCCGCACCUCGUCUCUCCGACCUCGGUUUUGAAUGGCAGUCCCGCGAUUCCCGCCUGCUCCUGCUCCCCACCUGCCCCGGGCACCUGACAUCUCUCUUCCUUAGCACCGACCCGACCUGUCCCUGGGCGUUUCACGCGCCUCACCUCACCUCGCUUCACUCCCUCCGCACCGACAUGGAUGCAGAGCAGGCGUCAUUCCUCCCGGCGGGUGCGCUUGAGACUGUCAAGGCCCUUGACUGGAGGAACGUUGGGGAUUCGGUGGACCUGAGUGCUUGGCACAGCCUGCGUUGUUUCCACGCUGUGGACUGCCCCCCUGUAUCUCUGUCGGUGCUUCGCUCCAGUGUGCUCUGGCCUUGUAGCUUGGAGGGGUUGUUUAUCACCAGCAUUGGGAGUGACGUUGUGGAAUUUCUAGAGAGUGAACUGAGGGGGGUCGAUGCGGGAGGAAGCUUGGGAAGGAGGCAUGGAGGGCAUCGCUCGUCAAGAAGCCGAGCAUCUGUCGCAUCCGUCGCGUCGGUCUCGUCUGCGUAA